GUUUAGGAGUUUUUUUUCUACCUGAUGACACACAUACACGACAUACUUGAGCUCUUAGUACUAUAUACAAACAAACAUUAGGCAACGACUCGAAGUUAUCUUUGAUGAACAGAAAUCUACCUAAAACCCAAACAACGAUGCUGGGACGAAAAAACAAAACGUCUGCAGCUUCCAGCGGAGAGAAUGCGUCACAGGAACCCCCAGCGACUACCUCACCAAAAGAGGCGUCGCCAACAAGCGCAAAGCCUGCCAAGCGAGGCCGAGGGCGGCCGAAGGGUAGUAAAAACAAGUGUAAUAAAGAACCCACUCUAGCCCCAACGACAUCCAAACCGUCGCCGGGGACGCUGAAAAAUAUGACUUCAAAAGCGAACGAAAAGAAACCUUCUUCAACUACCUCCCAGAAAAAAAACCCACAAGUGAUCCAGAAACUGCCUGGCGGUAAAACUUCUGCAGAGAGGAGUGUGCAGCAAAACGUUGUGCAGCAGAAAACGGAAAUUAUUGUAGAUGCAGCAGCUGAAAGUAGAAGUAGUGAGACCACUUUUUCUUCUUCUAGUACCGGUCAAGCAGGCGGGGCUUCUUCAUCUUCCGCUUUAUUCUUCCCUACCUCCUCCGGCAGGCAAAAGCACGGUUUGCAUCCGGCAGGAAACAAAGACCACGCCGGCGAUCUUGUUUCAUCGGACAAUGAGAUCUCGACGACGCAGAAAGACAAGAAUCCUCCGUCCUUCGAGCCACCCAGUGAUCCUCCAACAAGUUCGACGGUUGGCGCAUCCUCUGGAGUGGGUCUGAAUUCGCAGACGAACUGCAGGAUAAUAUCCGGAGCAAAUAAUUCGUCCCCACACAAGGGUCAAGAUGAGGACUUUGCAACACAAAUCUAGAAGCUCAGGAAGUCACGCAUGACAAGUUGUAGUCCGUAGUGUAGAGUGCAGGUCAGACCACAGGACAGCUCCAUUACAAAUCCAGCUACUUAUCCCCUGUACAACAUAUGCAAAUUUAAGAACACGAUUGACAGUUCCUGUCUUAGGGUUAGGGCUGCGCGUGGUCAGAAAUAAUCUUAUCAUUGCAAAUCUGCAUGACAACUCUGGGGUGAGGGCAUUUUUCACUGUAAUAGAAAAUUCGCAACAUCGCCGUCAAUCCCGCAAAGAACCUGAUUUAUUUGAGUCCUCGAUUAUCAAAGUGAAAAAAAUCCCGACGAUCCCAUAUUCGAGAGACAAUUUGUGUUGCUGGAUUUGUGUACAUCACAAAUGAAGAACUUUGUAUUGCAGCAAUUGCUUCUUGCCGGCACAUGCGAAGCCCGUUUGGGUAGUCCGCAUUCGGCGAGUAGCUGAGCAUGAGAAACAAGUCUAACAUAAGCGAUGGAAAUGCAUGACAGACUCGCUGCUCAAUGCGCCACAAUGUCAAUGGUGCCCUUUGCCUUGUACGCAAGAAGAAGCUGCACUGUGGCCACAAUAAAUCAGCAUCACAAGUUUCCUUUUCAAUAUGGGAGGGGGGAUUUAUUUUCCUCAGCAUAUUGGUGGCGCGUCGACUCCAACGGCAAACCAGUUGAACGACAGAAACUAAUCGGUGAAGGAUAUCAUUUAUGAACUGCAAGAAUAUCGUACUCGUAUAAAUGCAUGACAAAUUCCCCCAGCAUAAGAACUAAAAUUUAUAAUGCGGAUUUCCCUUGAGAAAAAAAUUUGUAAUGCAGGACUUGCAUUUAUACGAAUACGAUACUUUUGCACAGGAUAUCAUUGGCGCCCGCCAGUCAGACGAUGCAGCGAUUACCCUCAGCUUCACCGCCCUCAAUGCAUGAACAAGUACGCGGUUAUAUCGAAUAGAAAAUAGAUCCCCCCUCCCCAGCCAUCUCAAAAGCAAACUUCUGGUGCUCAAUUUGUGUACACAAAUCCGAGCUGUCUUGCUGGAAACUGCUGCAGGCUGAUACGAAAUGUGAGUAGAGAGGUUUUACUAGGCGCUUUGCAUAUAAAAUGUCCGCGCUGUAGUCCCAACAGCAUGACAAACCGCCUGCAUGAUGCGGCGGAGCUUGCGGAGUUGCCUUCUUGCAAGACAGACACGAUUGGUGACCACAAAUCAGCAUCACAAAUUUCCAAAAGUGUACCUUUGCAGUAUGGGGAGGGCGGAUUUUUCCUUUUGAUACGUUACACCACCACCGAGCUUUUCUUUUGAUGCUGGUUUUCCACGACCAGGCAGUACAGACGACGAAGCAGGUGGUGAUGAGAGUAGUAGUACAACUCCCGUCAAAUACUACUACAACUACGCACAGCAGUCUUCUUCUUCCGAAUUAUCUUCUUCGACCGCUAGAAGUAAUUCUUCAGGUGAACAAGACGAGGAAGAACUUGAACUUCUGGAAGGAAGCGAAAUAAAGGAAGAACAUCGAUUCGCUUCGGCGGCCUGCGAAAUCGAAGAACAGCGAAUGGAGGACGAGGAAGCCGAAGCUUCUCACGCCACCCCAGUAGCGAAACAAGAAGAAAAAACUAGUAAAUCUUCGGCAUUGAAUUAUAAUUCUCCUUCCCUACUUCUAUCGGACGACACAAGAUCACUGCUUGGAGACGCGGAGUUGGUUGGUGCGCUUGAUCUCGAAGAAGACGAGGGUCAUGAAGGGCAGUUGUACAAGAUGAACGUGGCUGAUGCAAAGACAACCUCCACGGGAAGAUCCUUCACCUCGCAAAAAUCGGCCAGCACCGUCGCUACAAAUGUUCAUCCGGUUGUCGAAACGAAUUCUGGUAAAACAACCUCAUCGACGACCUGUUCGACUUAUUGCCUGAACGAGUCUGCUUCGACGACCUCUUCGUCUUCCUCUGGAGGUCUGCACAAAGCUAGUGGUUCGAGUCUUCCCUGCUCAUCCGCUGCGAAGAACAGCAACCUCCCGGCUGUGUGCAAGCACGACGAAAAGCAGCGUAGUUCAGGAGUUCCAGUUGUUGGCAAGCACGACGAAAUAAAGCGACAUGAUCUGAAAACUAUUCCCGUGUCGAUACAGCGGAUGACGCAGCGCAUGAGAAAGGCGGGUUUUAUUUUGCAGCCGUCCAGGGCUCCUGGGACAACUACAGCUGCUGCUGCCGAGGUGAAGAAUAUUAAGCAGGCUGCGAAAGGAGGUGCUGCGCAGAUGAAUGAACUUCGAGAACGCGCUCCUGUCGCUGGACGCACCACGAAAGCGGUGCCGCCGAGCGACCACAAGGAACAGCUUGUGCCAGUGGUGGAGAGGACUAAGAAUAGUGGAGCAUCAAGUACUUCUUCGUCUUCUUCCCCGGAACAAAAACGACAAACGACCAGUUUCUUGCAACAUCAAACCAUGGCUACUUCUUCGGGACUACAAUCGAUGAAACGAGACCGGUACGACGAAGCUGCCCCAGAUCGUGAUCGCAAACUGUUGAAAAAACCUCGGACAACAACUUCCUCGUCGUGUGCGGACGAGUCUGGACCUGGAGGGGAAGGAACGAAAGAUUCCACGAAAAGUCCACGUUCUACCGCUAGAGUGGCAAAAGGAAUAUCAAAGGGAAACAAAGCCGCUACUGUAAAGGAAAGCGCGAACCGGAACCUACAACCGGAUGAUCAGCAGGAGGCAAACCACGUCGGAGUUCCGCAGAAAACAUCUUCGUGGAGGUCUGGCCCACGACCCGGGAGCAGCGGGCAAGGGAAAAACGCAGAGGGGAGGUCUUUGGAGGUUCAGAACGAUUUGAGGACGACGAUCGCCACCACCACCACCCUCAAGGUCGCCGGGACCGAUGUUUUCAACGGCAAGAGGGGCCGCGCGGGCGACAAGAACAACCCCGUGGUAGAGAACAAGGCCUCUCAGAUGAACUCCUCCUUCGAGAAGGCCGGCGCGGGUAAAGGCGGUGCGGAAGUUCUUGUUGUGGAAAAAAGUGUAGCUCAACAGGGCAAGGAGAACGAGUGCAAAACCGUCGUCGCGAAGAUGGAAAGCACAGCCACACGACCAAGCAGUGCGACGAUUAAAGGUAAAGUCGCUGAUAGAAGUACUAAGAUGCAAGAAGGAGGACGGGAGCAAAGUGGGACUGACGUAGCGUCGUCGUCGAAAGAAGUGCGGGUGAACGUAGAAAAACGUUUAGUUCAACUAUUUCUUACGGAACAAGGAGUGCUUUAGCAUCUUUUUGUGAUUUUGCAUGAGCAAAGUGCAUCCAAGUACAAGAAAAGGAGUUUGUGUUUGAUAUUGUUGUGCAAAUUUGAAAUGAAUUGAAUCAUGGAACAAAUAAAACCAAACAAAAAUGAAAUAAACAGGUUGUUACUACCCUGCCGGCUGACACCACAAUGAAUAACGCUGUCCUGCUGGAGAAACAAGUCGACUUUCUUUACCUGAUGUAAAAUUGCCAUCACGAAAAACAACGCUCUUUCACUUUGUCGUGCAUGUAUGCAGGUAGACAUUGACGUCUUUUUUGCGCAAAAGAUAACAAUUUGAGCAUGAGUUUUGCAUUUCCUUUUCCAUCCAUGAGAAAUCCCAAAACAAUAUUAAAACAAUGAUGUCAAUUUCGCACCGCAUAGUCCGCUAGAGCAUAAUCCGCUGUAUCGGGGGCCCCCGCCGGGAAUUCCGAAGCUCCGCGAGGACGCGUACUUACUUCAUGUUGGUGAGUUGUAAUGAUGCGAGAUGGCAGCAGUUUGUAUGAUUUUUUUUAGUGUACAGUACAACUAGAACUACCGCCGCGCUUUAUUAUUUUCAAGCGUGGUGGGGGGUUAUCAAUCACAGCUUGAGCUACCAAUCCUUACCUGGAGAACAGACCGCUGCAUGAAAUGAAAUUUGUAAUGCCAUCAAACUCGACAAUACACAGGUUGCGCAGUUAUGUGGCCAAGGACAUUCUCGCGAACACCGUAUCCUGCGUAAAAACGUCCCCAGCACCCGAUUCGAUAGUCGAAGUUGUCAUGCAGAUUUGCAAUUGCAGGAAAACAUUUAUCAUGCGCAUCCCCAUGAGAGCCAUUUUCGAUCGUGUUUUGAAAAAAUUCGUAAUUCUGUAUAAUAGCAUGAGGAGAUGGAUUUGCACUGCAACUGUCCUUGCUAACCCCCACUAGUACUACACUAUGGAUUGCAACUUGUCAUGCGGCUGACUCUCAAACCUUCCAGGUUUGCGUUGCAAAACCCCCAGCUUGACUGCGGAGUGGGGAUGUCUUUGCUCAGGAUACACCCCCCUCGAGAAGCACAACUCUGUGAGCACCGCCAUCUCCAUAUCCUCUACAACAGUAUCGCAUUUGUACAUGUAAACCCCAGCUAAUAAAGUGGAGUUCGACAUGGCAGAUCUGGCUCAGUACUGCACUUUGGCAUUACAAAUUCAAAUUUCCUUUCUUCUAUUGUAGAAAAAUAGAAAAUAAAUUUGUAAUGCAUAAAAUUGCAAUCUCCAUGUCAAUGAUGCGUCAGAUACUUCUACGAAUGCAUAUCCCACAAAAAACCCAGACCUUCUUCGGUGCGUUGGCCAGGUACAGCAAGUCCUGGGGUUUCAUCAAGAUGUAUUGCAAGGAAAAAUACCCCCUCCCCAUAUUGAACAGGUAUGUUUCUGAAAAUUUGUGUUGCUAAUUUGAGGUCACAAAUCACAUUUGUCUUGCAAGAAGACAAGGGCAGAGGCUUCCGUCCCAUUAUGGAAGCGAUUUGUCAUGCUGUUGGGCCUAAAGGGGAGCCGUUUCCCAUGCUGAACAACUAGACCCUGGGGAUCUGGUCGCAGUGCCUCUCUGCAAUACAAAGCUGAUUUGUGUAGACAAAUCCAGCAUGAGAAAUUCCGUUUUGUUAUGUGGAGGGGGGAUUUUUCCUUGCGAUAAGAUGAGUGGGUCGUCGAAGACAUCACGCUGACCCUCCGAAAACGCUAAAUAUGAACUGCAAAAGUAUCGUACUCGUAGUAAUUGCAGUUAUGCAUUACCAAUCUUCUUCUUAAAGGUAAAUUAGCAUAUAGCAACAAAAGACGAAAAAGUAGUACAAUUCCACCUUCUCUCACAAGUUAAGACUUAUUAUCAUUAAGCGUUCCUUUCGAAUAUAGGCUCUUUACAGCAAGACGUUUUUGCACUACCAGUUCUGCUUUUCUCAUGAACGAGUACGAAGUGGCUCUGUCAACUUCAAGCUGGUCUUUUUAUUAAAGUAGCGACGGGUUUUCCCCUCUGUUCAAAUACGACGAUGAAGUAAACACACUUGAAAAUGCUGUAGAUGCAAGCAGUGUAGUGGAGAAACCCUGGAUCACGGAACUACGUGUAUGUAAAAUAAUAAAGACUGUUGAGAGCUGCACGACUUUUGGUUUUGUUACAGAUCGCUAUGGAAAUAGUUUCUUCUUCUACACACGAUAUCUAAAAAUAUUUUGCUCUUGCUCUCGCUAGAAAGCUACAGAAUGAUUUUCGGAAACGUCAAUGGUCAAAAGCUGGAAAAAUCUAAAGAGCGAUAAAGCUCUUGUUUCGUAUUGCGAGGUCUCGGUUACUGUAGUGGCUGAAAUAGAAGACACCAAGAAAACACAAUAGGAAUCGCAAGCUGCAUUCGCGCUCCCUCGAAAUGGCUGUACAAAAGAAUACGUACACUUUUAUUCGUUGCUUUGCCCUAAUAUUCUGAAACUGUAUCAUAGAACUAUCUUCACCGUGUACUACUAUCCUUUAAUGCGAAGUCGUGCCAAGCUCCUGCGCCCUCUUGAAGUAAAUCUCUGAUGAGGGUGCAUAGAGCUGGCGCGAUAUGCGUUUAAAAAAUGUUAAUACAGGGCUUAAAACGAUUUCUUCUUCAAAGUUUGAUUUUGUAGUUUCUACAGCUGAUGAAAAAGUCUAGAGAAUAUCAACAAAGAAUAAUUUGUAUACCUUGGAGGUACAACUACAAGUCUAUGAUUUUCACCUGCUUCAAGAGGAAUAGACUUCUCGCGGUCGGUCCUGAGAGACGAGUAGGACAACCGCGGGUCAAAAAGUG